AAGAAGAGCGUCGGGUCUCUGCAGGAGGCUGAUUUCAGAGGGUGUUCGUGAGGUUCGAUCUCGACGUCCCCCUCGACGACGCUUCAACAUCACCCGACGACACCCGAGUUCGCGCCGUUGAUCCCACCAUCAGUCUUGCUUUUUGGGGUUGGUCUUGUUUCUGGUUACGAUUUGUUAGCUUUGGACUCUGCAUCAGACCCAAUAAUCAUGUGGAGAGUGGAAGAAACGUGGAGAUAAGAGGACAAAGAGAGAUCAUAUGUGAAGCAAGAACUUUUGAAUUUUCUAUGGGCGAAACGUCCUAGAUCCUUUGUAUCUGGAGGUGAUCUUUCAAUUUUCUCGAUUUCAUGCAUUUAGUACAUUGACUGACUUGGCCUUUUCUACGGUACAAGGCGACUCCAAGUCUCCAAUCAAACAAGGAUCAUCCAUCUCUUUUCAAUCCUUUUAUAUCGUGCCUCCUUUACACAUGUAAACCAAGCAAUUCUUCACAAAUUUCUCUUUGCCCAAAGACAAACAGAGACAUGAUUAAGGCUCUCGACUCCAUGAAUGUCUAUCCAGUGUUGCUACUUGUUCUUGUUCUAUUGCAAGCAAUGACUAGUGAUGCCGGGCUAAGUAAUUCGCGAUGUGUUGCUUCAUCCUGUGGUAACAUUCGUAAUAUAAUAGAGCCGUUUCGACUAAAGAGUGACCCAAGGGGAUGUGGUGACCAGGAGAAAGAGUUGGUUUGUGAAGAUAAUCGCACUGUUUGGUACCUCUAUCAUGGCCGAUUUUAUGUGCAGUCCAUUGAUUAUUCCGUCGGACGAAUUAAUUUAGUCGACGAUGGGUUGCAAAAGGAUAACUGCUCAUCUCUCCCCCAGUCUUUGGUGUUUUAUAAACUCAUGGACAUUGUCUAUCCAAGUGGCAGAUACUACACUGAUCCAAGCAACUCAUACUACAUCUUCAACAGAAGUACAUUGGCCAUUGUGAAUUGCUCAAAACCAGUUAGUUCUCCGCUCUACAUCUCUACUGGUCCAUGCAUUAAGGGGUCGUAUUCUUCCAACAAAUUAUCAAAUUGGAACUUGUAUGCUUUGGUCAAUCCAAAAGCAUCGGAUGUUAGGGAUUUCUGCACCAUUAGCAUGUGGACGUGGGUAUCAGCUGAUUUUGAGCCUUAUGAGCAGAUUAAUAGUAGCUUCUACAACUAUGAGCUAAUCCAUAACAUCAUGGCCAAUGGAUUUGUUCUCGAAUUUUAUGGUGGUAGGACAAAGAGAGCUCUCUUUUGCUUUUUGGAUUUGUUUAGUUUCUACUCAGGUCGGGUUUGCAGAUCCCUGUCCUAUGACUCAGGUGUCAAAGCUUAUGCAAUAACGACAGCUUGGGAUGUUACAUUUCUACUAGGAUAUUUUUGUGUAGUGAAAUUCGCUAUCGGAAUGCCAUUUGUUGCGAUAUUUCUAAUCUACAACUACAGAAGAAGGCACUUAGCAAAUGACAAGGACAUUGAAGAAUUUUUGCAAGCUCAUAACAAUUUCCUACCCAUAAGGUACUCUUACUCGAAUAUUAAGAAGAUCACUAGGAAUUUUAAGCACAAAUUGGGUGAAGGGGGGUAUGGUUCUGUCUACAAAGGAAUGCUAAGAAGCGGCAACGAAGUGGCCAUCAAGAUUUUAAAGCAGUCCAAGGCUCAUGGCCAAGAUUUUAUUAGUGAAGUGGCUACUAUUGGAAGAAUUCACCAUGUUAAUGUAGUGCAGCUCAUUGGUUUUUGCUUUGAAGGCUCGAAACAAGCUCUCGUGUAUGAUCUCAUGUCAAAUGGAUCUUUGGAUAAGCACAUUUUCAUUGACAAAGGUGAUAGCUUUCUCGAUUAUAGGAAAAUAUAUGAGAUUGCUCUUGGGGUGGCGCGAGGGAUUGAAUACUUACAUCGUGGGUGUGACAUGCAAAUACUACACUUUGAUAUCAAGCCUCAUAAUAUUCUUUUAGACAAGAAUUUCACUCCAAAAGUUCUGAUUUUGGACUUGCGAGACUUUAUCCUACUGAUCAUAGCAUAGUCUCAUUGACUGCUGCAAGAGGAACCUUGGGAUAUAUGGCACCUGAGUUGUUCUACAAAAGCAUUGGUGGUGUAUCUUAUAAAGUGGAUGUCUAUAGCUUUGGGAUGUUGCUCAUGGAAAUGACAGGUAGAAGGAAGAACAUAAACGCAAAUGCAGAAUGCUCAAGCCAAAUUUAUUUUCCCUUGUGGGUGUAUGACCAAGUCAAUGAAGGAGAAAUUGUUGAAAUGGAAGCAUUUGUAGAAGAGGAAAGGAAGCUGAUAAAAAAGAUGAUAAUAGUUGCACUUUGGUGUAUACAAUUAAACCCUAACCAUCGGCCUCCAAUGAACAAAGUGCUAGAAAUGCUUGAAGGAGAUAUUGAUGAACUUGAGAUGCCUCCAAAGCCGCUUAAUUACCCACCAGAUGAGCCAGUCAACAAUGACAAAUUUGAGAUGGAACUAGAAACAUUCUCAACUUCAUUCGAGUUCUCAUGUAAUUUCCACUAGUUUUCCUUUGGGAGAUAGUGGUAAUGUUUAGAGAAUCAUGCAUAGUUUGAUUGGAAAAGCUUUGUGUAUUUGUCA